AUGGAGAGAGGCAAAGAGAGAAAAAUCAGUACCUGUCAAUCAGCGAUAGGACUAGAGCGUCCACAGAACAACCAGCUUCAAGGGAACAACCUGAACCACACCCUGAACCCCAUCCUGAACCCAAACCUUAGCCACACCCUGAACCCCACCCUGAACAACCACCCUGAACCCCGACCUGAACCACACCCUGAACCACACCCAGAACCACACCCUGAACCACACCCUGAACCAUACCCUGAACCACACCCUGAACCACAACCUGAACCACACCCAGAACCACACCCUGAACCACACCCUGAACCACAACCUCAACCACAACCUGGACCACACCCUAAACCCCACCCUGAACCACAACCUCAACCAUAUGCUGAAUCCCACCCUGAACCACACCUGAACCCCACCCUGAACCACAACCUGAACCCCACCCUGAACCAUACCCUGAACCACACCCUGAACCACAACCUGAACCAUACCCUGAACCACAACCUGAACCACACCCUGAACCACAACCUGAACCAUACCCUGAACCACAACCUGAACCACACCUUAACCACACCCUGA